GUACCCUUGUAGACACUUCUCUUCAUCAAACUGAUCAAACACAUAAAAGUCAAAGUCACUUCUCAUCUUCACCCAAAGAUAUCACAAUCUCUUUAACGGUUCUCUAGUACCCCAUUUUCAUCCCUAAUCUCGCAUCUUGUAAUCAAAACAUAACCUAUUUCAUCCUCCUCAAGUCACUUUUCAAACACACUUUCAAAUUAACAAAAAUGGAGAAGCUACAGAAGAUGACCUCGGAGAAGUCGUUAGUGAUAUUUAGCAAAAACUCAUGCUGCAUGUCGCACACAAUCAAGACUCUCUUCUUAGACCUUGGCGUAAAUCCGACGAUUUAUGAGCUAGAUGAGAUCAACAGAGGAAAAGAGAUAGAGCAAGCAUUGGCUCAGCUUGGCUGCAGCCCGACCGUGCCAGUGGUGUUCAUAGGAGGGCAGCUUGUCGGUGGAGCCAAUCAAGUCAUGAGUCUCCAUCUCAACCGUUCUCUCAUUCCAAUGCUUAAACGCGUUGGGGCGUUAUGGCUUUGACAAAAUAUAAAGAAAUAGUUACUUAUUGAUUGUAGAUUGGUAAUAAUAAUGUAUUGAAACCAAUCAUAUACAUAUGAAUGUUUUGUGUCUAUCUAAGUUUUGAAAGGAUAGAUUAUGAGGCAGGGUACUGAUUUCGUAACGUUCUUGGUAUACUUAGUGUUGUAUUUCUAUUUUCAGUUUUUAUGAAUACAAACAUGCAUUUAAGAAAAGUGUAUGCCAUGGGUAUUGGAAAUUUACACAUGUUAAAAAUGAAGGACCAGAAAGUGUG